AUGACGACCCCCCGACAGAUCAAAUUCUCCUUCCUCGCUCGCGAACAAUCAGAAGGCGCGGGCGCCGUAGUACGGCGCUCAGUCGGCACGCCAAAACUGCGCAACUUCACUCCAUUUCUGAUGCUUGAUCACUUCAGGAUUUCUCCUGGUGCAGGGUUUCCUGACCACCCUCAUCGAGGACAAGAGACGAUCACCUACCUCUUAAAGGGUGGUGUUAACCACGAAGAUUUCGCCGGCAAUGCAGGAAAAAUCGGGCCUGGUGAUUUACAAUUCAUGACGGCAGGUCGGGGAAUAGUGCACGCUGAGAUGCCGGUGCAAACCGAAGAUAUUAGCAUCGGCAUGCAACUCUGGGUCGACUUGCCCGAGAACCUCAAAUCCUGCGAACCCCGCUACCGCGAUCUUCGCGCAGCCGAAAUCCCAAUCGCAAAGACCGACGACGGAAGAGUCGAAGUGAAAGUCAUCUCUGGUAAAAGCCAAGGCGUCGAGUCCGUGAAAGACCUAGCUUACACGCCCGUGUGGCUUCUCGAUAUCUCGAUUCUACCUGGUGGAAAGAUUACGCAAGAGCUUCCACAGGGAUGGAAUGCAUUUGCGUACACGCUCGAAGGAGCGGUGACUUUCUCCAACGGUGCCGACGCACAUAAAACAGAAACAGUCACACCCUACCACAACGUUGUGUUUGACCAAGCCGGCGACCUGGUGAUCGCUUCAGUCGAGGAGGAUGCACAGGAAGGUGCUCGAUUCAUCCUCGUCGCCGGUCAGCCACUGGACCAGAAUAUUGUACAGUAUGGACCAUUUGUGACUACUUCCAAAGAGGCCAUCUAUCAAGCCAUGAUGGAUUUUCAGACGUCGUCCAACGGAUUUGAGAGGGCGGCGAAUUGGGAGAGCGAGAUUGGGAAGAGCAUGGGUCGGGUUAGAUAA